UGCUCUCCGAGUUCCCCCAGACAUCCUAGUGCACCCCUCUGGUCUUCUCCUCCCAUAUCUUCUUGGUCUUGCUCAAGGCUAGCAUGGCGUCAUUCCAAGUGAACAAUUUGUUCGGUGUCACGGGCAAGGUUGUGCUUGUCACAGGAGGAAGCCGUGGAAUCGGCAAGAUGAUCGCGACAGGGUUUGUUAGGAAUGGCGCAAAGGUCUACAUCUCCUCGCGAUCUGCGAAAGACUGCGCUGCGACCGAGAAGGAGUUGAACGAGCUCGGUCCCGGCCAGUGCGUUUCAAUUCCUGCCGACAUGCAGAAGCUCGAGCAAGUCGACUACCUCGUCGCGGAGCUCAGCAAGAGGGAGAAGGCGCUGCAUGUCCUCGUGAACAAUGCGGGCGCGGCGUGGGGCGAGACCAUCGACGACUACCCCGACUCUGCGUGGACGAAGCUCCUCACCCUGAACCUGCAACGCGUCUUCAACCUUACCCAGAAGCUCCUCCCUCUCCUGCGCGCCGCGGCUGAGCAAGGUGGGCAGGAGAAUGGCGCGUGGCGCGACCCCGCGCGGAUCAUCAACAUCGGCUCGGUCGAGGGCCUGGUCGUGCCCAACCACGAGACGUACGCGUACUCGGCGAGCAAAGCCGCGCUGCACCACCUCAGCCGGAACCUGGCCGGCCGGCUCGGGCACGAGGGCAUCACGAGCAACACGCUCGCGUGCGGGCCCUUCCAAAGCAAAAUGAUGGCGCAGACGUUGCGGGAGCAGGGCGAGAUCAUCCGGGCGAGUAUCCCGCUCGGGCGGAUCGGCUCGCCGGAAGACGUCGCGGGCGCGUCUGUGUUCCUUGCGAGCAGGGCGGGGUCGUUCAUCAACGGCGCGACGAUUGCUGUAGACGGCGGCAGUGUGGUCAGGAUGGGCACUAUCGGAUCGAAGCUCUGACGCAACACGUCUCGUGUUUGACUCCAUCAAUUGUGCCCGCGGUUGCGCCUGCAUGUCGAAUAUGCGCUAAUAUCGUACUUCCCGAGGCCCUAUUCUUGCAGCGCCUUGAAUGUAUUCAUAAGGUCACCA